AUGCAACUGCUCUGCACACCCUCCUUUUCUUUCGCCCGCGUCGCGCGCUCCUUGCGCAAACGCCUGCUCAACUCAAAGACCCUCAUCCCAGCCCGCGCCGCCGCCGCAUCAGUUCGCAACUCAUUACACUUCUCUUCGCCCUUCCACUCGCACUCCAACGACAAGCUCAGACACCAGGUCCGACCUGCUGCGCUUGGCACCGUCGCCGUGCUUGGCAAUGGACUACCUGCAGGUCUGGCGGGUCAUGCCGCCGUGAGAGGAGGCGAGGGCUGCUCGAGGGCCCGGAAGCAUAUUGAUACACUAUAA